AUGGAGGUGUCGAUCUCAUCGUUGUGCGGCGCUCUCUCGGACGUGCUCUCCCACGCCAACACCUCCUCCCGCGCGCUCUCCCGCCGCCCAAUCCCCCUCGAGUCGGCGACGAGCGCGUUCCUGCAAAGGAUGGACCGGCGGGUGGAGGCGGCGGGCGCCGACCUGGCGCGCCUCGAGUCCAUGGCCUUCGACACCGUCUCCGUCGAGGAGCUCCUCGGCCACUUCCGCGAGGCACUCGGGAUCGUCUCCCGCCACGCCGACGCCGUCGGGUCCCGCCUCGCCUCCUUCGGCUACGUCGCCCCCGAGGUGGAGGAUGAGGCGGAAGAUGGAAACGAGGGGGAGCUCGAGGUCCCCGAGAAUCGGUGCUUUGGAGGGUCUAGUUCGGUGCUGAGGUCCGGUCGGGAGCGCUUUGAUGACGAUGAUGCGUUUGUUGAUGACGCCCAAGAAAUCACAAAGGAGGCUGAAGAACUCAUACCUCCCGAAAAAGAAACAGAUGGGCAAGAUGGUGAUUCUUCCCGAGGAAAGAUAAGGGCAUCAAAGGAGCAGUAUGAACAACUUCCUCCUUAUAUGAAGACUCUCGCUUCAUGGGAGGAAUUGCACGAUGCGGUUUCAAAACUAAAUUCAUACUUUGGCGGUGCCAAAUCUGAGGAAAGCAUUGCAUUGAAUCAGGAUGAUGUUGGAUCAAUUGGUCUGGGGCGCAAAGGAAGAUCCUACUUGUUGAUCUUUCUGCGGUUGAAUCAACUGACUAUGCAGACAAUUGAAGGCUCGAUCUUCUACACUCUACGCAAGAGCGACUCCUAAGCAAAUUUUCCAGAAAACCGGGCAAAAACGAAGGGAAUAGCUGAUACUACUAUACUGUAUUGUAAUAGCUAUAUUUAUAUUUAUAUAA